UCUGCACUCCGGCGUGCUCUCAUCACAGGCAGAGCAUCCCCGUCCGAGCAGACGCUUCACACACAUGCUGACACAGCUGAGACAUGGACGUGCUGAGAAGAAAGGGAUAAAACGGGAGCGAGAGGAGCGAGAAGAGAGCAGAGCAGAAGAAGAGUGAAUGGGGAAGAAAGAAGAGCUUAUAAAGAAGAUAAGAGAGAAAGUGACGGCGCGGUAGAGGACCGUAAACAGGUGCAUCGAGGCGGAGAAUGGGCAAUUCCUCCUUCCCAGGUCGAGAGAAGAGAAAGGGUCCCAUGAUCUCUGCCGGUGAUGCCGAGUUCCCGCGGGAUUACCACACCCUGGCGGCCGGCGGGGGCCGCGGGGCCCGGCGGUUCCCCGACAACACCAACGGGGGGUUCACGUCGUCCUCGCUGGACCGCCGGCACAACGCCGUGGCCGCCAAGAGCCUGGAGGCCCUGAACAGCAUCCACAAGGCGGACAUCGAACGCCAGCGGGACGCCCUCAUGGAUCUCCAGAAGAACAAGUUCACCAACAGCCCCGGCAGCUUGUCGCAGGGCUCGGCUGCUGCAGGACGACAGCAACAACCAAACUACUGGAGCUUCAAGACUCGCACCCCACGUGUGACACGACUCAGCCCGACACAGCCGGCUCUUGCUGACCAGACCAGCAGGGUAUCCUUUGCGUCAGCUGAAAAUCUGGAGACCAUGUCGGAGCCUGAUAUCCCCAUCGGCUUUAACCGGAUGAACCGGCUCCGCCAGAGCCUGCCGCUGGCUCGCUCGUCCAGCCAGGCCAAGCUGCGGGCGCCAGGGAUCUUGUUCCUCCAGCUUGGGGAGGAGACUCGCCGGGUGCACCUGACCCACGAGCUGACCAGCCUGGAUACUCUGAGGGCGCUCAUUGUGCACAUGUUCCCCCAGAGGCUCACCAUGGCCAUGCUCAGGUCUCCCAGCACAGCUCUGUUGAUCAAAGAUGAGACCCGUAACGUCUUCUACGAGCUGGAGGACCCGCGGGACGUCCAGGACCGCUGCGUUAUUAAGAUUUACUGCAAGGAGCCAAUUUACGGCACCUACCCCGGACACCAACACCCACACCUGGCUAACGGAGACCUGCGGAGGGAGAUGGUGUAUGCACCUCAGGACUCUCCGCCUAACCGCCGCCUCAGCAACCCGCCCAUGUCUUCCCAGCAUUCAUCUUCCUCUGCCUCCCCUCAAGGCUCGCCGUCCCGCGCCCGCCUCCUCUACAGCGGCGGCAGGCCUUCUUCCUACGCCGGGCCACCGCACCACACCCACUCCCUGCCGCACCCACACCAACACCCGCACUCCCAGUCCCACCACUCCUCACCCCACCAGCAGCCACAGCUCCACCAGCCCCAUCACACCCAGCAGGCCUUCUGUGCCUCCUCCAGCGCCAUCCUGGAGCGCAGGGACGUGAAGCCUGAUGAUGAAUUGGGAGGAUCCAGGAGCAUGGUGCUGCUGCGGGGAGACGAACGAGGAGGAGGCGGCGGCAUCUACGCGGACCCCUACUCUCUGGGCCCCGACACAAGUCGGCUGAGUCUCGCAGGAGGGCCUCACUCCCCUCUGCCAGCCAGAGCAGACCCUUAUGGCUCCUUAUACCGCCGUGGAGGAGGCGGAGGAGGAGGAGGAGGAGGAGGAGGAGGAGGAGGAGGAGGUGGUACUGGAUCCAUGCGUUCACUCACCUCCUAUUCAGCAGCCGCUUUACAAGGAGAGCUGAUGGAGACCAGUGCUCUGUACAGACCAGGAGGACCACUUUAUAACGACGCCUACGCUGCAUCAAUGCUGGCCAUGGGGCUGCGGGUGCCUCCACCUUCCUCCCCACAGAAGAUACCCGACAUGAGGGAGUCCUAUGCUGGCACCAUGCCCAGCCGGGGCUCCCCUGGGAGGCAGAGUUUGAGGAGGGACUCUGUCACCUCCUCUGUGUUUGGAGACAGUCCCAAAGCUCGGGGCCAGGGCUCAGCACUCGGUCUCACCUCAGAGCAGCUCUGCCUGAUGGCCGGUCCUGGAGGGGAGGGAGGGAGCGCCGGAGGCUUCGGCUCCCCUCUGCUGGGAAAUGAAACGGAGACAAGGGAGCGUAUGGAGGCCAUGGAGAAGCAGAUAGCGAGCCUGACCGGGCUGCUGCAGAGAGUACUGAGCAGAGCGCCUGAGGCAGAGAGCCCGGAGAAGAUUGAGUCAGCCAGUGACUGCUCAGGAACUGACACUGGACGAACUAAAAAAAAGAAAGCUUUGACACCAUCUGCUCCCUUGGCCCUGAUGCCACCUCCACCCUCGGGGGCCAACCAGCCUGUGACGGUGUCCCGUCUGCAGAUGCAGCUCCACUUACAAGGCCUGCAGCAGAACACCAACGCGCUGCGCAAACAACUGUCGCAGCUGCGCAACAUGCAGCUGGAGAACCAGGACUCAGUGUUGACCCUGCUGAGGCAGACGGAGUCCGAGCUGAGCCUCAUGAUGCUGGACGCCAUGCGCACACAGGAGGACCCGCUCCAGAGACAGCGCCUCCUGGUGGAGGAGGAGAGACUCAAGUACCUGAACCAGGAGGAGCUGCUCAUCCAGCAGCUGCAUGACCUGGAGAAGUCGGUGGAGGAGCUGCAGAGGAACUCGUCGGUGAAUCACGGCCUGGUGACGGAGCAGGAUGUGGAGCAGAAGAGCAAAGAGCUGAGGAUGCUGGGUGAGACGCUCACUGAGCUCAAAAACCAGUUCCCCAGCCUGCAGAGUAAGAUGCGGGUGGUGCUGAGGGUGGAGGUGGAGGCUGUUAAGUUCCUGAAAGAGGAGCCUCACCGCCUGGACGCUCUGCUGAAGCGCUGCAACACCAUGACCGAUGCGCUCAGCACGCUCCGCAGUCUCUUGUGUUCCUCCUGUAUCUGCAGACAAGUGACAGAGGGAGUGUGGAAGGGCCCUGAAGACCUCUCCAGCCAAUCACAGAAGAGAUCGGAGGACAUGAGUCGCAGCUCUGACCUGGAUAUCCUCAACAGUCCUCCUCUCAGCCUCACUGACCUGAGCACCAGCGCCGGCCUGGCCAACUGGAUGCCCGUGCCCGCCGGUGACGCAGACACCUCGGGCCCCGAGCAGGACAUCCAGCCCUCGAUGACCUUCAGAAACCGGGUCCUCGACGAGCUGCCGAGUCGACGUCCUGCUGAUAAGUCUGUGUCGGCUGAAGUCAGACUGGCGGCAGAGCGGGACUGGGAGGAGAAGCGUGCCAGCUUGACCCAGUUCAGUGCCCAGGACAUCAAUCGCCUGCUGGAAGAGACCCAGGCCGAGCUGAUGAAGGCCAUCCCGGACCUCGACUUCGCUGCCAGGCACAUCAACAAGCCCGCAGUGCCCCCCAAGCCCCAGAUCACCAUCCCAAUAACCUCCACCACAGCGACUUCUCCUGCGGCGGGGACCACUGGGACCACAGCCACCACCACGUCAACCACCACACCCAGCGGGGACCAGCAGCCUGGCAAAGUGCAGCUGGCUGCCCAGAAGCUGAACAGCAUGGAGGGGGCUGGUUCACAUCGAGGGUCGGUGGAUCUCAACGUGGCCAGGUAUCGCACAGAGAAACCCUCCAAGUCUCCGCCCCCACCUCCACCUCGCAGAAGCUUCCCGUCGGCACACGGCCUCACCACCAACCGCACCGGAGAGGUCAUCGUCACCAACAAGAACAUGAAGAUGGAAGAAGAUGGCGAGAUGCCCAAAACUCUGGUGAAGCUGAGGCGGACCCCCUGUGACACGCCUCGACCUGCCUCGACCCCGCCUGUGAUCGCAGCAUCCGCCAUUCAAGACGACGACAACGAGGAAGAGAAGAUUAUCGCCGAGCUGGAGAUAUUUCAGAGAGCACCUGUAAAAGAUUGUAGUAAACAGUACAGCACCCAACCAAAGGCCACCCCCACCCUUCCCUGCACCUCUGGCUCCCCAGGCAGAAAGAACAGCACUAACUCUCCAGGGCCGACGAAGGGCCCCACCGUCGCAGCCAGGCUCAAACACCUUCAGCAGGGCAGCCUGGAGAGGCCCAAAACCCGCAAGCAGAAAGAGGAUUUCCCCAAAGUCCAGGGCCAGCAGCAGGUAUUCCACUUCUAAAACCUCCACCUCUGACGCUUCGUCUGCCUCUGCCUCUCCUCUCUGCUGUCACUUCAGAGGAACUUGUGGCCCCACCAGCAGACAAAAUGAGAUUACACAAACACCAGAGGGGGAACUAUCUACAGAAACCUUGAUUUUUACCAGUUCUUGAUGUGUGUUUUGACAUUUGAGUUACUGGAUCUAACCUAGCUUGCUUAGAGAUCAAGUUUUUGUCGUACGAGUUUGUCGAUGUUUUGAUUUCCUGAGGAAGGUUCUUGGUGGUGCUCGUGACUGAUUCAACUAGCUUUAUUAUAAUAGUCAGAUCUAUUCAGAUACAACCUCUUCCUCCAUGAUCUUCAGUAAUGCCACGGAAUGAUUUCAUAUCUCAAAGUGAUGAUAUUUAACCAUGAUCCUGCUCACUCACUGAAUCCUCAUCUCUCACUCUAUUCAUCCACUAACGACCCCACGCUGCUCUCCUUAUAUCACCCAUUAGAUGUGCAGGUUGGCAGGCAGGCAGCGCUGCAGCUCAGAGUGUCAGUACGUUGGUGUGGCUGGUGUUGAACAGCCAAGAGGCCAAUCCAUUAAGCUAGCUCACUCAGAGCUGCCUUUUAACAGAGCUAAUGCUACGACUUAUUAUGCAAGACGACGAGAGUGAAGCACAAGACGCAGGGUUACCUGAGAAAGCUGUUUUUAAUGUGGAGGAGCUUUUCACUUUAACGCUGCUAUAAACAUAUUUAUAGAAGAGGAGAAGUGGAGGACUGUGAAGAGGACUGACAGGCUGAGGCAGCAGAGGGAAAACUAAAUGUAUAUGGAAGAAUAUAAAAAGCUGCAAGGAUUUAAAUUGUAUAAACAUCAGUUUAUACCUCAUGAUGACAUUUAACGCCUCUGAAUUUAUAAAUGUUUUACGUGGAAAAAAACUCUGAAUUUAUGUAAUUCAGAUAUUCUUUUUUAAUUCACAUCAGUAAUUUCAAGUUUUGCAAUUUCAGAAACAUGAUUUUAUGGAUUGAAGGAUUUAUAAAGAUUAUUUCUUGGGAAUUUUAUGCCUUUAUUUGAUCGUGAUGGUGGAGAAAGAGAGUAAAUGAGAGGAAAGCAGGAAGGGAAUGACAAGCAGCAAACAGUCCAGCCAAGGAACUCGUUUUUAAGGGUUCACAAAUACAGAUUAUUUAAAAAAAAAAAAAAAAAAAAAGAUAUUUAAGUCGCUCAAAUUCUGCCGUUAAAGGUAUACUAUGCAGAAACUGUCGGUUACUGUUUGUUAACAGACAUAUGUCACUAGCAUAGAACGCUAGACAUACUAGCAUACUGUGCUACGUCGUCAUUAAAUGAAGUCACUUGACUUUUGGUUUCACACACAACAUGAAGAGCAGUCUCCUCAGUGAUACACCCAUCUGCCCUCUGCGGGGUUCCACAGCAGUGGCACCCACUGAUUCUCAUACUGACAUUAAAGGUGCCUCAGUGCGUCCAUAUCUGAUGUUGAAGGCUUUGUCCAAACAUCUGUAUUUGACAGUGAAACAGGGUUGGUCAAGCUUCAAACAUGUUGGAUACUUCAUUUCCAAUAAUGCAGCUUGGUAGCAUUUUGUUAUAAAAGCUAUAAUAUGUGAGAAUUGUCGGCCUCUGUUCGCCAGUGAAAGUGAGAGCAAAACCCAACCCCACAUUCACUCUUGUUUGCUCUGUGUCCGCAAUUUUCAAUUUUUGUAGCUUCCUCUUGGAUGUGUGCCGCUUUCAGUCUGGCACCGGGCGCUACCUUUUUAAAAAGUCGUGACUUCACCUGAGCGCUGCGUUCAGGAACACCCAAACAGAGAAACAUAAAGAUAAAAUAAGAUAAACUUUAUUGAUCCCACACUUCGCAAUCACAUUAAGAAGAAAAUAAGAAAGCACAGGCAGAGGGCAGAAUCUGCUGAUAAAUUCAUUGUCACAUACUUAGAGUGGGUCAUAAGUGAUGAUUGAGAGGGCUUACUUCUGUAUGUAUGAAUCUAUAUGUUGUCUGUAUAGUAUACCUUUAAUUUCCAAACCAAAAAAUUAAGUUGAGCUAGAAAAAUCAAGUUGCUGAAAUUGUGUUGAUGAAAUUCAAACACCAAAUUUCAAAAUGUAAAAUUCAACCUUGAAAACCCGGCUGGUUGAGACUGUUUGACAACAGCUGCUGAUGGUUAGAAGUGAUCAGACAGUCUGUCCUAUCAGGUUACAGUCUGUCAAUAAUGUGACUUACAAAAUCAAAAAAUCAAAAAGGUUUUUGAAAUUGCAAAACAAAAAAUUACCCUGUGGGAAUUGAAAAUAUGGAAAUCAAACCACCUAAAUUCAGAUAGAAAGUAAAAUAUUUCAGUCUUACAAAUAUUGUAGAAUAUUAAUGCCAAUAUUAGGUACUCAGGAGAGUAGUUAAAUUUACAAAUUAGGUGUUUGAUUUUGAAUAAAAUUCAAAUUAUUAUUUGCUUUCAACCUCCUGUUCACACAUACAGACUCAAACGCUGGAGUAACAGAAUGACAUUCACUAUGGAUCUCAUAAUAACAUCCUGGACCUCGACUCAAGACUGCAAAGUUGCCCAGGAGCAACAAGCGGAUGUUGAGAAAGGUUAAACUUCAUCAACAACAAACAGUUAUUUUCAUUACUGAUUAAUCUGCCCAUUAUUUACUGUAUCACCGUUUUGUCAAAAUGUCAGAAAACAGUGAGACAUGCUCUGAGAAAUUUCCCAGAGCUCAAGGUGACGUCUUCAUAUGUUGUGUCAGAUCCAGAACAGUCCAAAGAUCCCAAAGAUAUUCAGUUUGUUAAGAAGAAAAACAUCAAAUUCUCUCAUUUAAGAAGCACAAAAUCAGUUUUCAGACUAAACUGAUUAUUCAAUGAUCAAAAUAGUUGUUAACCUUUUUCUGUAGACUGAUUAACAGGGUUCCCAUAGUCAUGGAAAACCUGGAAAAAUCAUGAAAUAUUAAAAUACUGACAGUUUUGGAAGUCAUUGCAUUUUGUUGCAUGUAAUGAAAUAGUUACAGUAAUCUUCCACGUAACAUAACGGCAAAGUUAUUUUUGUAGCUUGUGACGUAACGUAGUUCUGAUAUGCGUCGAUGUGUGACGGCAUCUUAUUUACCAUCACGUAUGUUUUCUUGCCACGCUCAGCCUCUCCCUUCCUGUGUGUUUGUUACCUGAAAUUAUGUCCGAAUAGAGUUUGAAUCUAUGUUUAAAUAAGUGCCAGGCAAGUUGGGCAAGAAAAGAAAAAAUGUUACGGCUCCUUGAAAAGUCAUGGAAAAGUUUUAAAUUCUGUCCAUGACAGUGUGGGAAUCCAAUAAUCAACUAAUCAUUGCAGCGCUACACACACAGUCCUGGAGACAAAUACUUCAACUUAUCUACAUAAAAGUACCUCAAACAAAGCGGGGAAUCAGCAGCUCGUCUGUUCAGUCAGAUAUAACUUCAAGAAGCUGCUGGGAAAGUAAAUAAGAAAAUGUAGCAUGAGAGCUCAUCGCUCAGGAAAAGAAACUUAGUGGCAACAGGAAAAAAAUAAACGGUCCGAUCAGAGCAGAGCGUGUGUAAUAUUACCCUCUCAAUGCUCAACACGUCCACAAGCUUCAGGCUCAUGAGAAGCCACAGAGACACGUUGGAGUGUGUGUGUGAACAGGAGGUUAAACUCAGCACUUGGCCUUUUAGAUGUGAAGCUCCACUCGUCUUAUCUGCUCCUGCAGACACUCCAAGCUGCCCCCGACCUGCUGAGUGGAGCAGCCUUGACCCAUCCUUGGCUACGGCCCUCUUCAAUAUAAAAUAAAAAAAAGAGCUUUCUGAAAAUACUCGGAAAGAGAAAGUGAUAAGAGCUAGUCAGUGAGAGCCUUAACUGCUCACACCAGUCCAUGUCUUCACCCAGUAUCACCGUCUCUACAUGUGGGCCAGUUUCAGGGAUCUGAUUAAUUCAUGAUUCUACCACAUUAAACAUGCAGCACCUCAUUUAUAAGUUUAUUUAGAGUUUAUUUUUUCCAAACACCCCCUGGAAGCUGCUCAUCCACAGGAGCCCAGACAUACUUAGAGACUUAACGUUCAUGUAUCAGGUUACUGUGGCUCUCAGAAAGGACGGUGUCAUCGACAAUAGCUUCUAUUAGCCGUAACAACAAUUAGCCCACGGCUAACACGGCUGACCUCCACUUGACACAGCGAUGCCAUCUGGGAGAGUGUUGCACUUCUCUCCACACACAGACCUUGAGGAUUAGUAUUCAGGGCUGCUCAUGUCUCGUGCUGGUCUGAAUAUCAACUCCAUUUUUUUUGCGCCUCAUUUCCCUUAUUGCUUUUUAAAGAUGUAUCACCCAAAGAGCCUGAAAGCAAGCGGUCAAAUAAGGUGUCUUUUUGUUGUGCAUGUUUACGUGGUCAGGAGUGAGCUCAUGGCUUGAGAUUAUGUCUUCAAACAUGGUGUCAAUACUGAACAGGAACAUGUAUCAUCAACACAGAUUCAAAAUUAUCUGCAGACUUCCUGCUGUAAGUUACAGACACUGGGCCUCAUGCAGCAGCAAUGUCCUAAACUCUCUCUUAUAUUAUUAGCCAAGGUACUGUAACACCCCCUAAACACUUUGUAAGGGCAGGUUUUGUGCCGUGUGCAAAUACUCUGGCACAGGCCCAAGAAUUUGAGAGAAGCCACCAAAAGUAUGCCUCUGUUCUGAGGCAUCUCUGCCCUUCCACAUGCAAAUGAGGAAAGCCUCAGGCAGCGAAAGCACACCCCCCUGCCCUUCCACGUGCCUACAUGGAAAGGCUAAGGCAGGGAGAGCACACCUUCCUGCCUUUCCAUCUGCCUACAUGGAAAGC